UGCAAUAGACAAAAUAUAACGAAUCGGUAGGCUUUUAACUACUUUACUUGCCAAAAUAUAAUUGCGAAUUUGCCUGCGCUGUACUGAAAGAUAUUCGAUUCUGCGCCUAUAAGCAAUCACUGAACUCAGCGCUUGCCACAGUUUAGAGAAACGAACGAAGAUACAAACGCCAACUCGCACACCGUCAUUAUCUGGGACCAAGAAAAAAAAUCCCACCAAAAGAAGUAAACGUAGGUGAAGUGUCCAAGCGCAAGGAAUGAAGUGAAAACUGGCAAACGUUUUGUUCAAGCGAAUUUAAUCAGUGCUAGUCUUAUACAUAGCUAGGUUCUCAAAACCUAACUGAUGACACCGCGGAAGGUUGAGUACGACCGUAUACGCGCACCGGCCCGGUGUCGGAGCGCACUGUCGGCGUGCUAAAAGGCAGCAGCCGGUCCGCUUUCGUGCACAGCAGAGAGCUGCUUUCCAGUGCAGAGGAGAAAGAUCAGACACAGCCUUUUAUGAAGUGCAAAGUCCAACGAGCCGCUCCAGUAUAAGUGAAAAAGAAAAUGAUUGGGGUGUUGGUGUUACUCCUUUGUGGAUUCCAUGCUGGUUUUGCUGUGACAGACUUCAGCAGGACAUAUUUGACCGGCACCACGGGACUGAGAGACCUCCCCGAGUUUGUGGCUGUGCACGUUGUGGACUAUGAAACAGUGGCCUACUUUGACAGCUCAACUAGACACUUACAGUUCAGAGAGAAGUGGCUACAGGACAACCUAGAGCAGAAGUACAUUGACUUUUACAAUAACGUCCUUAAUCGUGCCAUAGCAGAUUUGAUAAAUAAUUUGCAUUAUGUAAUGAUGCUCUACAAUCAAACAGGAGGGAUUCACACAUUCCAGCUGAUAACCGGAUGUGAUGUGAGUGAGGAUGGAAAAACUGGAGGAUUGGCAGUGUUUGGUUAUGAUGGAGAGGAUUUCACCCGCCUGGAUAUGAGCACCUACACCUGGUCUGGUGCAAGCCACCAGGCCUUUAUCUUCAAUGAAGACUGGAACCAUCGUGCAGAUAUAGUUCAAUUCUGGAAAGGAUAUCUGGAGAAUAACUGCAUUGAGCUUCUGAAGAAAUCAGUUGAUUACGGCAGAGAGAGCCUUGAGAGGAAAGUCCCUCCUGAGGUCUCUCUGCUCCGGAGGGACCCCUCCUCUCCUGUCACCUGUCUUGCCACCGGUUUCUUCCCCAAAGGAAUCGUGGUGUCCUGGCAGAAAGAUGGAGAGGACCUGCAUGAGGAUGUGGAGCUGUUGGAGACGGUGCCCAAUGAGGACGGAACAUUCCAGACCAGAAGCAGGCUGACAGUCUCACCUGCAGACCUGAAGGAGCACAAGUUCACCUGCAUUGUGGACCACAGCAGCCUGGAGAAGAUGAUUAUCAAGCCUGUGACUGACCGGGACAUAAAGAGCAAUCAGUAUCCAGAGAACUCUCUGCCUGUCGGCAUAAUCAUUGCUGUUGUGCUAGCAGUUCUUCUCGUGGCCAUCGCUGCCUUUGCUUGGUACUGGAAAUUCAGGAUGAGAAGAGGAGCGAACAUGUUGGAGGAGCUGAGGCCUUUACGCAAUCACAGCAGACGUGGAGCGUCCCAGGCCCUGACAAGAAGCCACCUCUCCACAGACCAGAGGCAGGGGCAGUCUGGUGACGAAGCUGCAGAGUGUUGUUCAAAUUCCUCCUCCGACCCCACAGCGAGGGCUUGAGGAAUCACUCUUUAUUCAGACAGGGAGGAACUGAAGGGGAGAGUGAGGAUGCCUGCCGAACAGGCAUCGGUCUCUCACACAGUGCGGAGAGCAACAACUGACAACCAAAUAUUGUUCAAAAAACAGUAAAUUCACUGAUAUGAUACUUGGGGUACAGAAAGCCAGGGAAAGAGAACAGGGGAGGGAGGGGACGGAACACCACAAAAAAAGCAAAUGCCUGACUCCUUA